GCUGGUGAGCAACUGGCAAGACUUUGACUUAACUAUUUACAGUAAUUUCACCAAUCUCAUCUUCAUCAAUCCCCAACACCUAUCCAUUACCAGGGGAAAAAAUUACCAUUUUGAAAAGGGUUGACAUGGCCAUGAUAGCAGUGAAGGUGGUGGUGGAAAAAUUGGCAACGCUCCUAGCAGAGGAAGCUCAAUUCCUCGGCGGAGUUAGGAGGGGAGUUAGUGAGUUGCGUGAUGAUUUGGAAAGCAUGAGAUCUUUCCUGCAGGAUGCCGAAUCAAGAACUGAAACAGAAAAAGGCGUCGAAACGUGGGUAAAGCAAGUGAGAGACGCAGCCCAUGAUACCGAGGACAUCCUGGAUGAGUUCUCUUUCCGCUUGUCAUUGCCGUCUCGACCGGGGCGGUCGAAUGGUAAUUUUGUCCUCUCUCUUCAGAGAUUCUUUCACUGUAUUCGCCACUUGAGGACCCGACACCGCUUAGCAGGACAGAUAGAGGACGUAAAGAUGAAGAUCAAGGAUAUUUCCAAUAGACGGAAUGCGUUUUCGUUUAUAAGGAUUGAGGACGCCACGAGCUCGUCUUCUACAUUGAACACGUGGCAUGAUCUUCGACGUGCUUCUCUCUUCAUAGACGAAGCUGAUGUUGUGGGAAUUGAGAAUCCCAAACGUGUGUUGAUUUCUUGGCUUCUAGAAGGAGAGAGGAAUCUUACUGCUAUCUCUGUGGUGGGGACGGGCGGUGUGGGGAAGACUACUCUGGUGAAGAAAGCUUAUGAUAGUCAAGUUGUUAAGAAGUACUUUGAUUGCCAUGCUUGGAUAACUGUUUCAAAGUCGUUUACAGCAGCGGAGCUUCUACGAUCUGCGCUAAAGGAGAUGUUGGAAGAAACAAAAGAGAGAAUUCCAGAGGGAUUUGAUACAAUGGGCGAAUUACAAGUGGUGGACAAGCUAAAGGAAUAUUUACAAGAAAAGAGGUACGUAGUUGUGUUUGAUGAUGUAUGGAGCACAAAUGCUUGGGAACUAAUGAAAUUUGCACUCCCCGAUUGUUGUUCCGGUAGUAGAAUAGUUUUCACUACGCGAAUAAGUGACGUUGCAGCCUCUAUAGACAUAUUCAGUCAUGUUUUCCGUCUCAAACCUCUGCCAGAGGAAGACGCUUGGAAACUCUUUUGUAUGAAAACUUUCCGAAGGGAAAGCAAGGGUGUCUGCCCAAAAGAAUUGGAGAGCAUGUCUCGAAGUAUACUAAAGAAGUGUGGGGGGUUGCCACUAGCAAUUGUGGCAAUAGGCAGCUUGUUGUCUAACAAGGAUAAACAUGUUUUGCAAUGGAUGAGAGUGCAUGACAGCCUUUAUUCUGAGAUGAAGAGUAACUCCAGCCUUGAGAGUCUUGAAAGAAUACUUCUACUAAGUUACCAAGACUUACCAUAUCACCUUAAAUGUUGCUUCUUGUACUUGAGUGUUUUCCCGGAGGAUUAUUUAAUCAAACGGAUGAAAAUAAUUCGGCUUUGGGUUGUUGAAAGAUUUGUGGAAGAGAAGCGAGGCCUCACCAUGGAAGAGGCUGCAGAGGAAUACCUGAAUGAACUUGUUAGUAGGAGUAUGAUUCAAGUAGUGCAAAUAGACUACUUCAACAGGGUUAGGACUUGUCGCGUGCACGAUGUUAUGCGCGAAAUUAUCCAGUUGAAAUCCACGAAUGAGUCAUUUGUUUUGAUACUGAAUGAUAAAAGAAUGUCACUGGAUGAGAAGAUUCGUCGAAUGGCAAUUCACGGCAGUUGUGAGGAGCUCCCGUUGGACAUGAGAUUUCCUAGCCUCAGAUCUCUAUUAGUUUUUGCGUCUUCAAUGUCUUUGGGGGAGGCCUUUUUUAAGGGUUUUAGAUUGUUAGGGUUGUUGGAGCUUGAUGGUACGCUGCUUUUCGAAUUUCCUGUGGAGUUGUCCGAAAUGAUUCACUUAAGAUACUUGAGUUUGAGGAGGACGAUGAUAAGUGAGCUUCCGGAGUCCAUUGGAAAGCUCAAGAACUUGGAAAUACUAGAUCUCAAACACACUGUCAUAUCAACCCUGCCUCAUGGGAUAUUGAAGUUAAAACAUCUUUUCCAGUUGCGAGGAUAUGGCAAUAGUUUUCAUUCAUCAACGCAUUUUCCCCUUACACACGGCAUGAGCCUUCCAGUAGGCAUAGGAGGAUUGACAAAGCUACAAAAGUUGGGAAAUGUAGAAGUGAAUGGGAACGGUGAUAUGGUGAGAGAGUUUGGAAAGCUAACUGAGCUAAGGAGAUUGGGAAUCUUACAACUGACAAGAGAGAAUGGGAUGGACCUAUGUUAUGCUUUAGAGAAAUUAAAGCACCUUUCCGCUUUAUACAUGGUGUCCAUAAGAACAACCGAACCCCUUCUCUAUCUAGAUUCUCUCUCAACACCUCCGCGGUUUAUUCAACGCCUGUAUCUUAAGUGCAGAUUACCGAAUUUGCCUAAAUGGAUCCCUUCCCUCAGUUACCUAGCAAAGUUAGUCCUCCAAUACUCCAAUCUGAAUGACGAUCCACUGAAAGCACUUCAAGGAUUACCAAACUUGGUGGUUCUUGAACUCCGUGAUGCUUACGCAGGGAAGGAGUUAUGUUGCGAUGAUGGAGGAUACCCCAGGCUGAAAAAGCUUGGCCUCCUCAUGUUAGGACAAUUGAAGAGCGUAAGAAUGGAGCAAGGAUCAAUGCCUGAGCUAAGAGCGCUAGAUAUUGCAGCCUGUGAGAAACUAGAAAUGGUUCCAUUGGGGAUUCAACACCUCAGAAACCUACAAGAUCUAACAGUAUGGAAUAUGCCUGACAAAUUCCACCAGAAAAUAGAGCGACCACAUGGUGAAGAUUUCUGGAGGGUUCAAAAUGUUACAAACAUCCAGCUAUCCAAGUACUCACCCUUUCGCGUGGCUUAUGCCAAUUCCAUUGGUAUAAUCGCCUAAGUAACGCAGGCUGAACAAAGUGAAGGCUACAUGGAAUCCCAAGACCAGUCAAGUCGAACGUAUGCUUUCUGUCGGAACCGUUUUCAGAUCCGAGCUCAGAAGCUCUAACAUUCCAUUCCAGAUUGGUUCCGACCAGUUUACUUUUACUUUUUCCUUCUGUUCUUUUUUUCCUUUUUCAUUCUGUUCUUAAGGGCAAUUGUUAAGGCUUUGAUUUCUUUCGUGUAAGACAACUUCCCCAAUUAUGUUUUACUUAUUUGUAUACUUCUUAGUUCUUAUGGUUUUUGAGAUUUGGUUUUACAUUAAACCAGGAUUACUGUGAAAUACUAAUAUUUUUAGACUUUCUGUUUUGCUCUU